UCUGUUACCCGUUUGGGGACAAAGUUUGGGAAUAAAGGGAGGGUUUUCCCGCCUGAUCCCGGAAGGGACGGAGAGCUGCGAGGGAAAAUGCGACCGACUACUCCGAGGAGUCCCGUUCCCUGCCUGCCGCGGCUCCAGCUCAACUCCUUCUUGUGAUGCUCUCAGAGGACGGGGCAGCCGGCGGGCUAGAUGCUCUGCGGGGCUGCAGCCGUAAGGAGGGAGUCUCUGCCCUGUCUCCGCAGAUUAACUUCGACUCAAACCAUAGACGUCUGAUUCUCCAGGUCCUGAGGGAUACGAAAAACUUAGUGCUUCGUGUUGCGGUCCCCAUCUGAGCACUGGUGUCUCCCGGAGAAGCAGCCUGAGGAACCGAGCUGCUGUCUGUCACGGUGCUUUACAUCGACUUUGUGAGACUGCUGUGUUAGCCUUCCUUCCUGCAAGGAGUCUCCCAGUAGCAUCUUUCAUUUCUGCUACGAGCUGAUACCAGCUAUUCAUAUAAAAACGAUGGUCUGAGAGAGGGAGGACACUGUAGAACCAGCAUUUAAUGUAGUGGGGUUUGGCAGGUGGUACCUAAUCGGGUCUUCUUGCACAGGUGACAAGUCUGACCAGGUUUUCUCUGUUUUGCAGGGUAAAGCAAACCCUGCAGAGACUUGCUAGAGAGACCACCUCCCAUUUCACAUCUCCCUAAGUGGACUAUGGUGGCAGGAAGAUGUUGGCUCGCAAGAGUAUCAUCCCUGAAGAGUAUGUGCUGGCACGUAUCGCUGCUGAGAACCUGCGCAAGCCGCGCAUCCGUGACCGCCCACGCAAAGCCCGCUUCAUCGCCAAGAAUGGCGCCUGCAACCUGGCUCACAAGAACAUCCGUGAGCAGGGGCGAUUCCUGCAAGACAUCUUCACCACCCUGGUGGACCUGAAGUGGCGUCACACACUGGUCAUCUUUACCAUGUCCUUCCUGUGCAGCUGGCUGCUCUUUGCCAUGAUGUGGUGGCUGGUGGCCUUUGCCCAUGGCGACAUGGACCCGAGCACAGAAAACCCUUCAAACAGCACGAAGUGGACGCCGUGUGUGACAUGUGUUAGGUCUUUCACCUCCGCUUUCCUCUUCUCCAUUGAAGUCCAGGUGACCAUUGGCUUUGGGGGCAGGAUGAUGACUGAGGAAUGUCCCCUAGCUAUUACGGUCCUGAUCCUGCAGAAUAUUGUGGGGCUGAUCAUCAAUGCUGUCAUGCUGGGCUGCAUAUUCAUGAAGACAGCACAAGCUCACCGGCGGGCCGAGACACUGAUCUUCAGCCGGCAGGCAGUCAUUGCCGUCCGCAACAGCAAGCUCUGCUUCAUGUUCCGGGUGGGGGACCUGAGGAAGAGUAUGAUCAUCAGCGCCUCAGUGAGAAUCCAGGUCGUGAGAAAGACCACGACCCCUGAAGGAGAAGUCAUACCCAUUCACCAAGUGGAUAUCCCCGUGGAUAACCCCAUUGAAAGCAACAACAUUUUCCUGGUGGCUCCCUUGAUCAUUUGUCAUGUCAUAGACAAGCAGAGUCCUCUUUAUGAUAUCUCUGCUUCUGACCUGGCACUCCAGGACCUGGAGCUCAUUGUGAUACUGGAAGGGGUCGUAGAAACCACCGGUAUCACGACACAGGCGAGAACCUCCUACGUGGCAGAGGAGAUCCUGUGGGGUCACCGCUUCGUGCCCAUCGUCACUGAGGAGGAAGGUGUGUACUCUGUUGACUACUCCAAGUUUGGCAACACUGUCAAAGUGGCUGCGCCGCGCUGCAGUGCCCGGGAGCUUGAUGAGAAGCCCUCCAUCCUCAUCCAGACCCUGCAGAAGAGCGAGCUGUCCCACCAAAACUCCCUGAGGAAGCGCAACUCCAUGAGGAGAAACAACUCCAUUCGGAGGAGCAACUCCAUGCGGAGAACCAACUCCUCACUCAUUGUGCCCAAAGUGCAGUUUAUCACGCCGGAGGGGAGCCAGAGUGCCUCAGAAACGUGAUGCACAACUUUGUACCAGGGCACUGGGCUUCAGAAGGAGGAGGCAUCUGUGGUAUUUUGCUUCAACUUCCUUUUACUUCAGAAACCGAGAACACAAUGCAAAAGGGAACCAUGCAAGAACUAUUUAUUCUAUUACUUACUGAAAGCACCACCUAAUGGCUUUAGAAAACACCUUAGCACUUAGGAUAUGAAUUAAUAAAAAAUGACACCUACACUAAAUAAAACACACUUCACUCAUGUAA